CCCUCUUUCGCAACGGCCGGGAUCAUGGCUUGCUCUCAACAGAAGUGACAGCACUCGUCCGAAGCCACGCCACGCCAAGCCAAGAAGGCCGCCGCCCUACGCCGUCUUUCCCCCUAGCGCCGCCGCUGAGUGGCGGCGUCGCGGCGUGGUGGUCGGACCCCAUCGUCUACUCGCCUCGCCUAAUUGACGCCCCGUCUGCCGCCCACCCGCUCUCCUAUUUAGUUGCCAACGCCCCGUGCCUGGACCCCUUCCUUUGUUUCCCUCCAUCUCAUCUCAUCUCGGUCCCCGUCUCCAUCCCCUUUGCCCCUUCUUCUCCAUCUCCUCAUCCUCCAUCUCCUCUACGCCUCGCCUUUUCAUUCUUUCAAGGCAGCGUGCUCACGGCAUACACUCUUUGGCUUGUCCCUCGAAUCGUCCUCUCUCUCACCCAUCAUCAUCAUCUCUUGCUCUCGCACCACCAUGUCGUCGUCGGCCUCAUUCCGCUGGCUCUUCGUAGCCCUCGUCGCCUUUGUCUACUGCGUCGCUUCGGCCAACGCUGAGAAGGCUGGCUUCAUCCAGGUCCGCAGCCCUCAUCCCCACCCUCACGCCCAGCCGGGCUUGAUCAGCUCCCUCGUCGAGACUGUAACGGGCAAGCGCCCUGCCCCUGCUCGUCCUCUUGGAGAGCUCCAGAAGUCCACUGUACCUUCAUCGGCCCCUCCUCCGGUCGCAUCCUCGAUCAAGAAGACGCAAACCAAGGCCUCGUCGGCGGUUAAGAACCCCAGCAAGCGACCCGUUGGUGCCUUCGCUACCACAUACCCUCUCUCGGCCGGUGACCUCUUCGUCUGGCAGUCUAAGAACCCGCACAACGAGGCCGACACCGAGUCCGCCACCAUCAUCAUCCACGGCGUCGACCGCAAUGCCGGCGACUACUUCACUACGCUCAACACUACCUGGAAGGCGGCUCGCAACCAGAACCUCGCUCGUGCCCCGGCAAAGUCGAUGCUCAUCGCUCCGCUCUUCUUCGACCAAGUCUACGACAAGGGACUCUACGACCCGACCACCCUCGCAUGGGGAGAGAACAACGCUUGGUGCCUCGGUGAGGGCUCGACCAACCCCUCUGGCUCUGGUCUCUCGUCCCUCUCGGCUCUCGACGAGCUCGUUGCCCGCUUCUCCAACCGCAAGAACUUCCCCAACAUGAAGUACAUCACCUUUGUCGGCCACGGUUGCGGUGGUAUGACUCUCCAGCGCUACGCCGCCCUCACCUCGAGCAGCUCCAAUGGCGUCCCCAUCCGUUACGUCGUUGGCAACCCCUCGUCGAUGCUCUACUGGUCCCGCGACAGGCCCAGCGACUCGUUCAACGCCAACUCGUGCCCUUACUACAACUCCUUCUUCUUUGGCCUCGACGACUUCUACAUCCCGUACCCCAAGAACAAGAACUCGGCUCAGCUCUUCAAGUCGUACGUUCAGCGCGACGUCCGCUACCUCGUCUCCCUCGACGACAACGGAGGCGGUGACCAGACGUGCGAGGCAAAGGCCGCUGGUGGUGUUGCCCGCAAGUCGCGCACCUUGGCUUACUGGAAGUACAUCAACAUCCUCUCGGGCAAGAAGGCCAGCGACUACUCGCAGUUCCCCGGCUCCUUUACUCGCUUGCAAAAGUCGCAGCAGGGCGGCAACUCCGACAACGAGUUCGUUGACGACGUUAAGGCUAAGGACUUUACCGGCGUCAACUUCGCUCAUCAGCUCGUCCAGCUGUCUGGUGUCGGCCACAACGCACCGGCCGUCCUCACCUCGAGCCAGGGUCGCAAGGCCAUCUUCGCCUAAGUGCGCGCACAAAGUAGCAGCAGGGACAUUUGCUUUCUCCGUUUCGCCUUCUCCUCUCGUAGCCCUACACUAUCAUAUUGCCCUUUCUCCUCUGGCGCCCUUGGCUCUGUGUCUCUAUCCAGUCACCGCACAACCAAUCACAUUGCGUCGAUUGACUAGCUCG